CGGAAGUGAUGUUGGUAACGGUUGGGCUGGGGUAAGCCGUUGGUUGGUCUCAUGGCGGUGCCAUCUUCCUCCGGCGGUUCGGCCGUCCCCCGCCGUGCCCUGCUGUGGCCGUGACGGUCUCCGCACCGCUUUCUCGCAGCCCCGGUCUCAGGGCGGAGGCUGAUUCCCCCCCAGCUCCACAGGGCGGCGGUGAUGGCUGAGCCCAGUCUCGCGGUGCGGAGGAAGAGCCGCCCCGGCGCUGUCUGCAAGCGGGGCCGGGCCCCGGCGCAGCCUAGCGCCGUCUGCUCGCCGGUGGCUCGCAAGAGACCGAGCUCCGGUGGCGAGGGGCCCCCGGCGGAGACCCCGUGUAGUAAUGAUAGUGAAGAAGAUAUGUUUGGCGACUAUGACAGCUUUUAUGGAAAUAGUUCUUUGCUAGCUCAAGUUGAUGAUACAGAGCACAAAUACCUGCAGGAUAAAAAUAUGGAUAUUAAAGCAGGUGGAGAAAUCAAACUUGGGAAUCUUCAGUCAGGAAUUCACCAGAAAAAACAAGACAAUUUUUCUACUUCAGAAAAUAUGGUUGUCCUUAAAGCUGACGAAGAGGAUGCUUUCCAAAUGAAUGUAAAUGACCCAGUAGAUAGCAAUCAAGAACUGACUGAAUCUAUUUUAGAUGACUUGCCAUCAUCACAACUUUUGUAUUUUGAGAAAAUGGAUGAACUUUCUUCUGGUUCUAGAAUAUCUCCCAUCUCAGAAAGGAGGAAUAAAUGUGUGAAUUCUUCCUUGGACAAAAUCAGGAGUCUGUCAUCUUUUUGUCCUGAUGCUGAACACAGGAACAGACCUACUGACUUUUCCUCAGACUCUAAAUGUGAUUUAUUUAAAACUGAGAGUCUUAAAGAUCAUCUGAAAAGUGCUAUGACUGGCAAUGCCAAAGCCCAGACUCUGCAGGUCUCUAAGACCAAGCAGCUUAAAGAAACUGUUUUAUCUGAAGAGAUUUGUGUUGCAAGGAAAACUAUUGAAUCUUCUUCUGUUGAUAUAGGCCCUUUUUAUGGAUUACCUAGCAAAGUUAAAGAUCUAUUCAGACAAUUUCGAGGGAUUGAAACACUUUAUGAAUGGCAGCAUGAUUGCUUAAUGUUAGAAUCUCUACAGCAAAGAAAGAAUUUAAUAUACUCAUUGCCAACCAGUGGUGGAAAAACACUUGUAGCUGAAAUAGUAAUUCUCCAAGAAUUACUAUGUAGGCAGAAAGAUGUUCUGAUGAUCCUGCCAUACGUUGCUAUUGUCCAAGAAAAGGUCUGGAUACAAGGUUUAUCGAGUUUUGGGAUAGAAUUGGGUUUCCUGGUUGAAGAAUACGCAGGAAGUAAAGGAAGAUUUCCACCAAUCAAGAGGAGAAUAAAAAAGUCUCUUUAUAUUGCUACUAUAGAAAAAGGACAUGCUCUAGUGAAUUCCUUAAUUGAAACAGAAAGAAUUGAUGACCUUGGUCUGGUUGUAGUAGAUGAGUUGCAUAUGCUCGGUGAGGGAAGUCGUGGAGCAACGCUGGAAAUUACUCUUGCAAAAAUUCUUUACACUAGUAAAAACACGCAAAUCAUUGGAAUGAGCGCAACUUUAAAUAAUGUUGGAGACCUGCAGAAGUUCCUGCAAGCGGAGUACUAUACUAAUAAUUUUAGACCGGUAGAAUUAAAGGAAUACGUAAAGAUACGAGACACCAUUUAUGCAGUUGACAGCAAAACAGAAAAUGGCUUUACUUUUUCACGUCUCCUUAAUUUCAAGUAUUCUAGUAAUCUGGAGAAAGCAGAUCCUGACCACAUCAUUGCACUGGUUACUGAAGUUAUUCCUAAAUAUUCCUGCCUAAUUUUUUGUCCCACUAAAAAGAACUGUGAAAAUGUUUCUUCAAUGGUGUGCAAGUACCUCAAGAAAGAAUUUAGAGCUCACAGGGCGAAAGAGAAACAAGAUCUCAUCAAGAACCUGAAGAAUAUUGGAAAUGGAAGUGUCUGUCCUGUUCUGAAGCAAACAAUCCCUUUUGGUAUUGCCUAUCACCAUAGUGGCCUUACAAAUGAUGAAAGAAAAAGUAUAGAGGAAGCAUAUUCUACAGGUGUCCUGUGUCUACUUGCUUGCACAGCUACUUUAGCUGCUGGAGUCAACCUGCCGGCUAGAAGGGUUAUUCUCAGAGCUCCUUAUGUUGCUAAUGACUUCCUGAAGAAGAACCAGUAUAAACAAAUGAUUGGCAGAGCUGGUCGAGCUGGUAUUGACAGUGCUGGAGAAAGUAUUCUCAUAGUGCAAGAAAAAGACAAACACUUGGUUCAGGAUUUAGUUAACAGUCCUUUGGAGAAUUGUUACAGCAAUCUUCUGCUGGAGUUGACCAAGGGAAUGCAGAGCCUGUUGUUGUCUUUGGUUGGGCUGAAGAUAGCAGUUACCUAUGAGGAAGUCGACAAUUUUAUGUGCAGUACAUUGCUGGGUGUUCAACAGCAGCUGCUGUCUAAAGAGAAGAGCCUCUCAGAGGUAAUUAAAGCUGGGCUAGAAAAUCUAGUAGAAAAAGGACUCCUGAAAGGAAGAAUAUCUGAGAAGGACCACAAUUCCAAAUGUACGCUAACAAUCACACCAUUGGGUAAAGCUACAUACAAAGGAUCUGUAGACUUGGCAUACUGCAAUCUUCUUUACAGAGAAUUGAAGAAAGGUUUGGAAGGGCUGAUUCUUGAGAGCAAUCUUCAUCUUCUAUAUCUGGCAACUCCAUAUGAUAUGACUUCUAACUGUAGCCCAGAUUGGAUGAUAUACUUGAGACAGUUCAACCAGCUAAGUGCAGCAGAGCAAAAAGUAGUGGAUAUUGUGGGAGUACCUGAAAGCUUUAUUACAAAAAAGGCUUCUGGUCAAGCCAUCAGAAAGAAUGUGGACAGUGCUGUGGUAAACAGGCUCUACCUGUCGUUUGUCCUUUAUACCCUACUGAAAGAGACCAAUAUAUGGACUGUUUCAGAGAAAUUUAAUAUGUCCCGAGGAUAUGUGCAAAAUCUCCUUAAUUCUGCUGCCUCAUUCGCCUCCUGUGUUCUACAUUUCUGUGAGGAAUUGGAAGAAUUCUGGGUUUAUAAAGCCUUGCUGACAGAACUUACCAAGCAGUUGACAUACUGUGUUAAGACAGAACUCAUCCCUCUGAUGGAGGUAGCAGGGGUUCUAGAGGCACGAGCAAAACAGCUUUAUAAUGCGGGGUACAAAACUUUAGCACACUUGGCUAAUGCAAAUCCAGAAACUCUGGUCAAGAUGAUUGAGCACUUGUCACGACGUCAAGCCAGACAAAUUGUUUCAUCUGCAAAGAUGCUGCUGAGUGAAAAAGCUGAGGCUUUACAAGAAGAAGUUGAAGAACUCUUAAAGGUGCCUACAGAUAUCCCAGGGACCUACUGACCAACUGUCAUGAAGAAAAAUCAUGAAUCCAAAAAUUGGGAUAUUUUUAAAUUUUUAACUUUCCUGUGUAAAGCUGCUGUAAUUAUAGUAAAUAUUUAAUGUCUUUUAUAUACCUCAAUUUUGUGUGAGUUCUGAGUUCAGAAUGUUUCUGGGAAAGUUGACUUCAUUUGAAGGUUUUGAUUAUGAACCUCUUGAGCAAUAGGCUAGAAUCAAAAGAUGUGAUCUUAAUUCAUUCCUGUUUUUAGACGUAGCCCUAGGAGUGCUUUGGGGACUGGACUAACUGCCUGCUGUGUACUUCUGCCUAGAGCUUUGGUUCAUAGCUGGCUUAAAUAAUGCCUUUACAUGGGAUAUUCCCUUUAGGACACGUGCUUGUGUGAGCUACUCCAAAGUUCCUACUUGCAGGAUCUCUGUACUGUAGGUGUAGCUAAUGAAAGGAGAGAAAUAGAGUUGCAAUUCAUAACAAAGUUGUCCCAGAGUUGUGUAAGAUUGUAAAUGAUGCCUAGUCUAAGCCUUGUUUAAAAGAUGUGAAUAUCAAAUUCGUAUUCAGCCUCUGGCAAUUCCCUGAGAGAGAAUUCUUUCAGGAUGUUUCUGUAGCAGUCUUCCAAACAGAAAGUUUACUUUUUUUGAAUGUUUUUAAAUUUCUUGCUUAAAUAUGAAGACUAAUAAAGACAAAGCCUUAAAGAACUGAUUUUUGAGAAGCCAUAUCAAGUUCUCAGACUCCAUGGGCAUGUGUCAAGUCACGCUAGUUAGGAUUUUUAAAGGUAUCUGAACCAUAUUUGUUCCAGCAAAAAAUUAAACUUCAUGAAAGUAGUUGUGAAGAUGCCUGAAACUUCUUCAGUUGUGAUACAGUAAACUCCUUUUCAAAGCUGUAAUAAUACUUUUCAAAGUAGUACAUCACAAUGUUAGAGCACUGCACAUAAAGAAAGACUUGAAAGCUGUGACAGACUGCUGGGUUAAAUCAUGGUAGUCAGUAUACUGGCACACUUAAAUAUGGCAUUUCUAUGUAAAAUCAGGUAUCCCUUCUCAGUAAAGGAAAAGAUAAAUCUUAGUUAAACUGUCUUUUUUAUUCAACUUAGGUUAAUUGUGUUGGGAUUCUAAACAGGAAUGUUUUUAAAUCUAGUGGGGUUGUUAGAGGUUUAACACUUGAUUGAAAGGGGUUAUGGUGAAAAACUGAUGAAAAGGCUGGUAUUUUACUGCUCGUUUUGUUGUUGCAUUAGAGAAAUCAUAGGUAGCAAUCGAAUAAAUGCUUUAUAAGCCUUCAUUUAGUAGAAACAUGCCUCUAAGACCAUAAUUAUGAUACUUCACAGUGGCGUAUGGAGUUUGGAUAAGUGAAAUAUUUCAGUGCAUUCAGUAUUAAAACCAGGUCAAGAAUUUAAAACCAGCACUUUUCAGAGGCAGCAUGAUUCAUUUCCACUGCUAGAUUCAGUGCCCGCAGGGGAAUCCUCUUACUGGUACUUAAAUGCCUAAGGCACAAGUGGUUUUGGAAACAUGAGAACAUGUUAAGUUGGCUCUAACAAUAUGGUAUAACUUGCUCUCAAGUGCAGAAGCAAUAUUUGCCGUGACUUGAGGUUAUCGAAGUCUGUCUCUUAAUGCCUUGCCCUUUUAAUUGAGAUAUAUUUUUGACCAAAUGAUAGGUAAUACGAAAUUCUCUAUUGGUUUAUUUGCAUUAUCUUCAAAAGACAGAUGAUGCUCACUCCAGCAUAGAUGUGAGUACAUGUCUAAGGGCUUGAUGUAGCAUGCACAUAGGAAAAUUUUAGUGAUGCCUGUAAGGCCUAACCAGUUGUGCUCUAAAGGUUUAUUGGUGCUUGAUGGUGUUCCUCCAAAGUUUGAAACAGUCUUGCAUGG